GUUGAUAAUGGGAAGUCGCGAGGGUGCGCGUAAAGCGCCGGCGGUGCAGUCGACGUUUCUCUUUCCGAGGCGAAGCGCGGGACCCGGUGAGGUGAUCUUUGUGCUCGGUUCUGAAGACGUGCCGUCGUUACUGUGCCGCAGACGGCGUCAAUGCUUCGGCAUCCUCCGAUCUCGCCGAAGAAGGUGCGGCUGAAACAUUGAAGAUUAGCUGGAUGUCGAAGAGCUAGCCGGCGAAGGAAAUUCCCGGCGAUAUUGCUCGAUGUUUACACAACUUCGAGGAAUGGCUGUCGGUCUGAUGCGGUUUUCUUUGAAACGAUGUUUUCUGUACAUCUUAUGUCUCACCGUGGCAUUAUUCUUCGUACUAAACGUUCGUCAGAGAGAUUUUUGGCAUCCCCCACGAACGGAUGCUGUUCACGCGGAGACAUCAGCGAGGACGAUAUCUGACGGGCCGAAGAUGAAACAGGUUUGGUCUACGAAGAAGAGAGUCCGUCCUAAGAGCAAAGGAAAAGAAAAGAUAGCAACAGAGGCGGUGAAUUCGUCCGCGUUGGUCAAUUUACUGGAAAUAUCAGAAGUCGUUUGGGAUCCAGCCCACAGACCGUGGUACAUGAAGGAUGGCCACCGAUUGCCACAUCCGGCACCGAGAUUUCGGCGUACUGGGAAACGCGUCGCUCGUCUCUGGCCCGAAGAAGAUCCUAUGGAAGAUCGCAUCACCAAUCAGCUGAUGUACGUACCUCCAGAGUACAACAAGACCAGUGGAGAGCAGAAAUUGAAGAAAAUAUUGGUGACCAAUGGCAUGGGCGAGGCCAAACCUGGCCGUGAAAUAUUCCAGAAGCUUGGCUGUCCCGUCGACACGUGUACGAUUUUACGAAGUAAGCCUGAAGAGGCCGACUUGAUCUUGUUCAAAGACCACGUCAGUCAUCCCGGUUCCAGACCGCAGAACCAGAUAUGGAUGCUGUAUUUUCUGGAGUGUCCUUACCACACGCAGACGAUAAAGUUUCCUCAGAUAAAUUGGACGGCAACGUACAGAAGGGACAGCGACAUAGUCGCUCCUUACGAAAGAUGGCAUUACUACGAUCCGAAGGUCACUCAAAUUCCACAACGCAUCAAUUACGCCGCCAACAAAACGAGAAAGGUUGCCUGGUUCGUGUCGAACUGUCACGCGCGAAAUCAGAGGCUCCAGUACGCAAGGGAACUCGGCAAAUACAUUCCAGUUGACAUAUACGGGGCCUGCGGAUCCUUGAGAUGUCCACGGUCGAGGGCGCAGACAUGCUUCGACAUGCUGGACACGGACUACAAGUUCUACCUUGCUUUCGAGAAUUCAAACUGCAAGGAUUACAUAACGGAAAAAUUCUUCGUCAACGGUCUUGGGCACAAUGUCCUGCCGAUCGUGAUGGGUGCCAGACCGGAAGACUACGAGCGAAGCUCGCCGUACAGGUCGUACAUCCACGUGGACGAGUUCGAGUCGCCUAAGGAGUUGGCGGACUACUUGCACCGUCUCGACAAGGACGACGAGCUCUACAAUUCGUACUUCCGUUGGAAGGGUACCGGGGAAUUUAUAAAUACGUAUUUCUUCUGUCGCGUUUGCGCGAUGCUGCACGAUGAGUAUCCGGCGAAAUCGUACAGCGACGUGAACGUCUGGUGGCGAGGUGAAGGAGUCUGUACGCAGUCCUCCUGGCGGAAGCACAACGCGCCAUCGAACGCGAUUGGAAAUUGAAUAACUAGUUCCUCGAAACGUGUAGGCUGAAAGCUGUCACCAAUUGAUCUUCGUCGCGAAGACGGAGCGAGGAUAUCCGGACUCCGAAAACCGGGUUUCGCGGUUGCAUUUGAAAAUAACGGUGUUCGCCCUGCGAAUUGGCGGGACCAGACGAUUCGCGGGAAAUUCAAAUUUGCGACCAGAUUAUUCACGAAUUUAACUAAGCUCAUUCACCAGAAUAAUACGGGUCGGUCAAUACUUAUAAUCUGAUGUUCCUUGAGGCUCGUUCACGUUGAUAGUUCGCCGUUCAAUAUUAGCCUUCGUACCUAAUAAUCAGGUGGAAAAGUCUGACGUAUACAGACAUCGAGCAACGUUACGAAUUAAUGGAGUAAUGUAGAAGGCGCGUCAUUCAUGACAUGGAUAUUAUUUCUUCAAUAUGGCAAAUAUUUUUCC